CUGUGAUUUUCUAGUUGUUCUGAUUAGUGGAGUGUUCAUCUGUUUAAUUCUUUGACCAUUGUAUAUAAUUGUGUAAUACAAAAUAAAAUGAAACCUUUGAUGUUACAUGGGCAUGAACGUGCCAUCACAAAAAUUAAAUACAAUAGAGAAGGAGACUUACUAUUCUCCUCGAGUAAAGACAAAAAACCAAAUGUUUGGUACUCUUUGAACGGAGAACGUCUUGGAACUUUUAAUGGUCAUAAUGGUUCAGUAUGGUGCAUUGAUGUCAACUGGGACACAACUAGAUUUAUGUCUGGCAGUGGUGACAAUACAUUAAGAGUUUGGGAUUGUGAAACUGGAAAAGAAAUAGGUCAACUUAAUACAAAAAGUUCAGUGAGAACAUGUAGCUUUAGUUAUUCAGCAGAUCUUGCUGUUUACUCUACAGACAAAGCUUUAGGACAACAGUGUGAAAUGUUUAUUAUAGACAUCAGAAAUGUUGAUGGUAUAUUGUCACAGGAAGAUGCAAUUUCUAGAAUUCCAGUUAGUGGUCCCAGAAUCUCUGCCAUUUUAUGGGGUGCUUUAGAUGAAACAAUUAUUACUGGUCAUGAAGACGGUGAAAUUACUCUGUGGGAUGUCAGAACAUCGAAAAAACUGUCAAGUGUUAAAAGUCAUAAAUCUCAAAUAAACGAUAUGCAGUUUAAUAAAGAUGGUACGAUGUUUGUGACUGCAUCAAAAGAUAACACAGCAAAGUUGUUUGACAGUGAAUCAUUAGUGUUAUUAAAAACAUACAAAACAGAAAGACCUGUGAAUUCAGCCACAAUUUCCCCUAUCUUUGAUCAUGUGGUUCUUGGAGGUGGUCAAGAUGCUAUGGAUGUAACAACAACUUCCGCUCGUCAAGGAAAAUUCGAUUCACGAUUUUUCCAUUUAGUAUUUGAAGAAGAAUUCGCGCGAUUAAAAGGACAUUUCGGCCCAAUUAAUUCUCUUGCUUUUCAUCCUAAUGGUCGUAGCUUUUCAACAGGGGGAGAAGACGGUUAUGUUCGUAUUAACACGUUUGAUCAGUCGUACUUCGACUUCCAUUUUGAAUACUAAUUUUUGUGGAUAAAAAAAAAAUAA